AUGCUAAAAUCUCUUUCUCCUUCUCGGAUUCCUGAAAUGGAGAAGAGCAUCUGUUCAACAUGGAUUGAAGGCAUACCCGCGCCGUGGAGACACGCUGUCGUAAUUCCUUCCCACGAGAAGUUAUCGGGAUCACAACUACUCAGGAAUAUCACUACUGCGAGCAAUGCACAAGGUUUUGGAGCGGAUCAUCCUGGACAGUACACCAUCCUGGAUAUCAAAUAUCCCGAAGAAACUACCCGCGAUGAAUUUCGCCAAGGUCGACCGACUGACUAG